AUGGUGGUGAUUUGGAUAAGGGGGAGACUGUUGGUGUCAGAGUUCAUCACGUUUUCCCUGCAGCUGGUCGGUGGGAAUGAUUCUCCUUGUGACAUUCUUGAGCGCAAAGAGGACUCUAUUGCUAUAUAUCAUAUCCACUUUGUCUAUGUUUGUAGAUCUUUCAAAUGUUGCAGUGGUUUCAAAUGGGAUAUAAAUACUGAAAAAUGUCUCCUCUGUGAGGUUGGGUAUCAUGGGAUAAAUUGUGCAGAGCGAUGUUCCUUCCCCUCCUUUGGAGAGGAAUGUCAGUUAUUCUGCAACUGCUCUGAAGUUCAGUGUAAUUAUGAAAAAGGAUGCUCAAAAGAUGGAAGUUUAGAAGGUAUUAUCAUGGAAGUGGUUACAACACCUGCUCCAAAGUCCAGGAUGACCCAUAAUAUCUCUGUUUCACUAAGAGAUGAUGCUGAUGUUAACAGAGGUUUUCCUUCACGAGACACUUCAUUCGUUCUAUCUACCACUCCAGACAUGCCUAAAGAAACGUCAAUUGAAAGUGACGCUGCAUCAAUGUGGAAAACGUUGAACGAGAAGAAAGUAGGUAUGGUUAUCAGCAUUACAACACUGGGACUACUGUUUGUUAUCUUAACAGUCAUGUACAUCUGGAUAUCUCAUCGCAUUCGUGUAGAAACAAAUAAUCGUGGGAAACCUACUGAAGAUUCAGAUGAAAACUCUGCAGUAUGAAAAACGGGUAAUCUGUUAUAAGGUGCACUGUAUCGGGACAGGUUAUGUAAUGCUUGUAUUUGUAUUAAUCUAUGCUUUGUAAUUGAUAGAAUUUUCAUAAUUUUAUUUGUAAACACUGACUUGGUGGUUGUUUUUCAAUCUAAAUAAUCAAAUUAGGAAUAUAAAUAGAUAUAUAUAUAGGCCAGGAAAACCUGUCUACUUUGGUUUAUGGUAUAUGUUCAAGAUGGUGGGUUUUUUUCAAGAUCCACAACGCCGAUUUUGCAAAUAUGCUAUAUUGUUAUUAUAGCAUUCUGAAGUAGACUUCAUAUUCUUAUAUAUUUGGUCGUAAACAGGUCACAUCGUUCUGCAGAUCAUUUUGUAUUGACUCAAACCGAAUUAUUCAUGAAAUAAAGAUAUGUAUUUUGAAAUUUCUGUUUACCCCUAGUUAUCUAUAAUAAAACAAGAUAGAGUUCAAUGUCGAUAAAAUGAUUUAUAAAGCAGACGUGAUUGUUUUCAGUUUUAAAAUGGAAUUCCGCUUUGUGUUCCGUUUUAAUGUUUGACUUGAAAUAUCUUAAUGACUUUUGUUCAGGUGAAUUUAUUUUAGGUCCUUUUCAUAUUAACUUUAAUGUUUCGAUGUAACACGUAACCCUAUUAGUUCUCGGAAUCUAGACGUGUGUAUUUAAUCAAUCUUUGGUAGUGAAACUGAGAACGUAGAUCUUGAUAAAGUCGUAAUAGAUAGUUCGAGAACAAAAGUGAACAAUGAAUCAGAAGAUGAAAGUGGUUUGAGAAAAAUGAACAAUAAGCCAGUAUGUCUUUACAAAACGUUAGCGUGAAGGUGUUUUACAAAUUGCGUGACAAAAUAUUAAUACUCGUAACAUGGAUGGUUAGCACCAAAACAGAACAUCACCAAGAAAUCGCAUUAGGAGAACAUGAAAUCUAGGAGAACAAGUGAAAGAGUUUCUGGUAACUAAUAUAUCAAUGACUGUAGUCUCCGUUGAUUUACGAUACUAGUAAACAGGGAUUUAUCACUACCUUCUCUGUGACAUACGUGCGGCAUAUUAUCCGUAAUUCUCACUUUAUAGAACUCCAUCAUUAAUUUGUUUCUAAAAGCACCAAUCAAACUUCACCUAAUAUCAUAACGCGAAUUAUCUUUAUUUUCUCUGUAUGAUAAUAUAUAUGUUUGCAGAUCUUUCCAAUGUUGCUGUGGUAGUGAUUACAAAUGAAAUAGCAAUAUUGUAUACGUAUGUGUGUGGAGAUCAAAAAGGCUUCAUCAGUCCAUGUACGAUGAUAUUUGGAAUUUGAUAUUAUAUAAAAGUACAAAAAAAAA